CCACAUCUCUUGUGGGGUAGGUCGCAGAUAUUCCGUGACCGACGCGUCAGUAACGUCAAAUAAACCUCGUCUACUCCGAAAGUGCGCUUUAGCAAACGUCACCCCUGACAAGUGAAUCCGCACGAAUCACUCGAUUCGAUUCAAUUCGGGAAAUCCUCCCCAGAAAGAGACCCAGGAGGAGAUCUGAUCCGAAAGCGGACUCUCGGGCGUGAGCGAUUCUUUGCGACGUAGCAAACGUCUGCUUCCUCGAGCGAUGUAAUGAUUACGCGCAAUUCCGGAUCCUAUCACGACGAGACGGAAAAUUGACGGUCACGGCUAGUGCAUCGGAAUCCUUAACGCAAUCUUUGGCUCCAUGGCGGAGAAAAUGUAUUACUGGGGCGAGGAGAAAGAUCAAGUCGACCCCGAUCAGACCUUCAUAGAGUUCAAGGCCAAAUCGGUGGGGACGGACAAAAGACGCGAGCCGUCCCGCACUGUACCAAAAAUGACAGUAUCCUCGCCGCAGGGUAAAAUGAUCGAGAUGAGCAAUAGAGAGGAAGAUGCCGAACGCGGCGGUUGGGACAAUAAACUCGACUUUCUGUUUUCUUGCAUAAGUGUCUCCGUCGGACUGGGAAAUGUCUGGCGGUUUCCCUACCUUUGCUAUAAAAAUGGCGGCGGUGCUUUCCUGAUCACUUACGGUAUCGCGAUGCUGUUUUGCGGAAUCCCUAUAUUUUUUCAAGAAGUCGCUAUUGGACAAUAUCUUGGAGCUGGUGGAAUGUCAUUAGUAGGACAAUUAUGUCCUCUUUUGCAAGGUGUGGGAUAUGCUACGAUGACUAUUGUAUUCUUCCUCGAUGUUUAUUAUUGCAUAAUCAUUUCUUGGACACUUUUUUACUUAAUAAGCACAUUCGUAAAUUUACCCAGAAUACCUUGGAGUGGAUGCGGAAAUUGGUGGAACACGAAUGAUUGUUUUGAUGCUAGCAUGCAUGGAUUGAAUUGUUCUAAAACACCUGUCGAAAAUAAUAUCAUGUAUAAUAAUACCUGCCAUCAUACUACGCCUGUAGAAGAAUAUUGGGAUCGGCGAGUCCUCGGCAUCACGUCCGGCAUCGAGACUAUCGGCAAAGUCCAGUGGGAGCUGUUAGGCUGCUUGAUUGUCGGCUGGUUACUCGUUUACUUUAUCAUCCGGCGCGGUCUACAUCAGAGCGGUAAGAUCAUCUGGUUUUCAGCCUUGUUCCCGUACGUGGUGCUUUUCAUUCUUUUGGGAAGAGCGGUGACGUUAGAGGGCUCGUACGACGGUUUGCUUUACUACGUGACGCCGCGAUGGGAAGAAUUGCGCAAUCCCGGACCGUGGAUAGACGGUGCUACCCAGAUCUUCUUCGCGUACAGUAUCGGUACCGGUGCCCUGCCCGCCCUAGGCUCUUACAACAAGUUCCAUCACAAUUGUUAUAGAGACGCAAUAAUCACUUGCGUAGUCAAUACCCUGACGUGUCUUCUGGCCGGUUGCGUAACAUUUUCGAUACUGGGUCACAUCGCUCUGGAACAGCAAACGCAGGUGUCCGAGGUCGUCAAGAGCGGGCCUGGUCUCGUGUUCCUCACGUAUCCCGAGGUCGUUCUCAAGCUACCCGGUGCUUCGUUAUGGGCCAUUAUAUUCUUCGUGAUGCUGCUUAUACUCGGUAUCGACAGUGAAUUUUGCAUCGUGGAAUCUUUCAUAACCGGUAUGGUCGACUACUGGCCGGAUAUACUUCGUCCUCAUAGGAUCAAGUUCACCAUUGCUAUCUGUCUGAUAAUGUUUGGCCUCGGAAUUCCGAUGGUCACGAACGGUGGAAUUUAUAUUUUCCAAUUGAUGGAUUUCUACUCCGCGAGCGGUAUGUCCAUUUUGUGGGUGUGCUUCUUCCAAACGAUCGCGAUAUCGUGGAUUUUCGGAGCGAAGAAAUUCUGCGAUUGUGUGCAUCAGAUGAUGGGAAUUCGUUUGAAUAAAUUUUGGUACAUAUGCUGGGUUCUAUUCGCGCCGGUGAUCAUGGUCUUCAUCUUCGUAUUUCAAAUCGUGCAAUAUAAGCCACUUAAAUAUGGCAGCAGUUAUGAGUAUCCGACAUGGGCGGAAAUAGUGGGAGUAUGCUUGAGUCUUUCAUCUAUGAUAUGGAUACCAGGUUACGCGUUAUAUUAUAUAAUAAUGACGCCAGGAUCGCUUAAGGAGAAUUUCCAGAAGGGUCUGCAGCCGAACAUAAAAUCGCAUGCAAAAUUACCGAAAGGCGAGAAGUCGGCCGUUAUACCUAUGUCAGAAAGCAGCGCCGGCUUAAUUACGAAAAAUAAUAGUUUCCUGAGUCAAACAUGAUUGACGCUAGCGAUCAUCUUUAAUUCAUAUAUUAGGUUACACUUAUCGUAAAAAUAAUAUAUUUAUAGAGAUAAACAAAAUUAAAAAAGUCCAGCACGAUUGGACAUUCAGUAGUAAUUUGUGUCAAAAUGGACGCGUGUCAAAUUAAUUAGUUUCGUUCAGUUAAGAAGCGAUCAUUACAUUAUUAUUUAUUUAAUGCUAAAUCAUAGAUAUUAUAUUUAUUUUAGUAUUCCUGAUAAAUACAUCAAAAGGUCUCCUUAAUACCUUAAUAGCUGGUCAAUUAUAACGUUUUAAUAC